AGCCUGUCCGUGAGGGAGGCACAGGGCGAGGCAGAGAUUUUGCAACUGGAUGCUGAGGGCUGAGAGGCACCUCCUCUGUGGACACCAUCCAGAGCAGGGUGCAGGGAAUGCCCCGCUCCUAGGUGCGCUUCGGAUGGGUGGAGAGCGCUGAAGAGCCUGUACCUGUCAGAAGUCUAGCAAAGGCAUGAAGUGAGCAAGGGGGUCUGCAGGACCACGCCCCUGCCCAUGACUCUAAGGACUGUCUACAUUUCAUCCAAUACCUGGGGUCCCCUAUCAACCCUUCAGGGGUGCCUCUCAGCAGAGCUAAACAGGCCCAGGCAGUGGCUGGAUGAACCACCCGUGGAUGCCUGACUGGGCUGGUAGAGUUGCCACAUUCCCUGCUCUUGGCUGGCGGAGGAAGAGAUACUGAGCCAAGGCAGACAGGUGUGGGUUCUUCCUCCGCUGGGAGGCCAGAGACCCCGAACAUGGACGAACAGGUGUUCAAAGGAGACCCAGACACCCCUCAUUCCAUCUCCUUCUCCGGGAGCGGGUUCCUUUCCUACUACCAGGCUGGGGCUGUGGACGCUCUGCGAGAUCUGGCCCCAAGGAUGCUGGACACAGCCCAUCGCUUUGCAGGGACGUCAGCGGGAGCGGUGAUUGCGGCCUUGGUCGUCUGCGGGAUUGAGAUGGAGAAGUACCUCCGAGUGCUGAAUAUGGGCCUGGCGGAGGUGAAGAAGUUCUUCCUGGGACCUCUGUCUCCGUCCUGCAAGAUGGUACAGAUGAUGCGACAGUUUUUGUACGAUGUGCUACCGGAAGACUCCUACAAGUUCGCCACCGGGAAGCUGCAUGUGAGCCUCACCCGAGUCACGGACGGAGAGAACGUCGUGGUUUCCGAGUACCGAUCCAAGGAAGAGCUCAUCGAGGCCCUGUAUUGCAGCUGCUUUGUUCCUGUCUACUGUGGCUUCAUCCCCCCAACGUAUAGGGGAGAGAGAUACAUCGACGGUGGCUUCACAAGCAUGCAGCCCUGUGCCUUCUGGACAGACUCCAUCACCAUCUCCACCUUCAGCAGCCAGCAGGACAUCUGUCCGAGAGACUGCCCCACCAUCUUCCAUGACUUCCGAAUGUUCAACUUCUCCUUCCAGUUUUCUCUGGAGAAUAUCACCCGCAUGACACAUGCGCUGUUCCCCCCGGACCUGGUGAUCCUGCAGGAAUAUUACUAUCGGGGAUACAAUGAUGCUGUCUCAUACCUGCGGAGGCUGAAUGCAGCGUACCUUGACUCUCCCAGCAAGAGAGUGAUUUUCCCGAGGGUUGAAGUAUACUGCCAGAUAGAGGUCGCCCUUGGCCAUGAGCCCCCACCUCCGAGUCUGCAGAACCUGCCAGCACCGAGGAGAAGCCCAGAAGACUCCUCACAAACCCAUGUACAGGGGUCUCCCAAAAAGGACAGAAAGGACAGCCAUUCCUCAGCCGCCCCCUCAGUGCAGACACCUGAAUCUGGGUGCAAGGGGUCUGUGGAUUCACCCGUGUCACUACGGGUCUCUACAUCCAAGCAACCAUCCGUAUCGCCAUUAUCCCCAGCCCAGCCGGUCCCAGUAAUAAGGCCCACUGGCCCCAGUGACAGUUGCCCAAUAAAUGUUCAAACUCCAAACCCGGAGCGAGGAGUGAAGGGUGCCCUGGACUCUGCCACAGAACGAGGAGUGAAGGAUGCUCUGGCCUCUGCCACCGACGAACAGAGCACAACCACCUUGCCACCUGUGUUGCUCCCAGCUACAGACUCACGAGGCUUAAAGACUGGAUCCUCUGUGCCUAUUGGGUCACCCGAGUCCCCUAGACUGCUGCGCAGAUCUUCCCAGGGAGCCACACCAGCCAGGGCAACACUUGGACUUCCGCCCCUAAGUCCUUCAACACCACCUGCCCGGCCACCUGUGGAGGACCUAGGCCCAGAACGACCCCCAGCUACAGGGUCUCCCGCCUCAUCACAGCUGACAGGCUCGGCAGCACCGGGUACCAGGAAGGAAGCCCCCCACAAGCCUCUGCUGGUGGAGGGUCCUGGUGAGGAUUCAAACACCGCAAAAACGAUGUUCAAGAGGAAACAGAAGACCAAUGCCACCAGAGAGUGCUUCCACAGAAAUGCCCAGUCCAAGAAGCCGGCGAGCAAACUGAAGUCUGCACCUUGUCCACUUAACUUUCCUGUACUCCCCAAGACAGUUUGGGUCACGUACAAACCUCAUCCCAGCCGGAUCCAAGAAUACAGCUACCCCGAGGGAGUGAGUGGCCAGAGCUCCUAAGCCGGAGCAGGAGAAACCCCAGUGACCUGGGUCCAGCCUUCCACCCGAGGCCUGUUGGGACCAGGGGUGCCCUCAGCCAUCCAGUGCUGCAGAAAGUCUACUCCCCCAAGUUUGGGUUUCCUGGUCUUCAGAGUCUCCUGCUUCCAGUCUUGCUGUCCUCCCACCAUUCUGCUCUGGAUGGACAGGCAGACAUCAACACAUACCACUCAUGGUCCAUCCAUCUGGGAGGAGGGACACAAUCCUGCUUUUGUCCAAUCCGGGGGCAAGCAUACCUCCUGACUGUACCUCCUGCCUACAAUGCGAUCAAGCACAUCUGUGCUGUUGGAGCAAGCAAGCUUGUUUACAGAAGCAGAAACCAGCUGCUUGUUAUCUUACAUAACUAGCACCCUCCAGUAUCCAGGAAGUUAUCUGUCCUUGGGCUCGUGGGGCUUAUAGGUUCAUCUGUCCCUGAGCAAGUGGGACUUUGAGGUUGAAAACAUUUUUGUUUUAUAGAUUUCUUAGGCACAGUAAUUAAAACUUAAGACACAACUUUAGCCUUUGCACUUUAAGUCUUUGGCAGAACUGUUGCAGACUCUAUGAAAGCACUGAAUCAAAUAAAAAAUAAAAAGGACGUGACUGCUCCCAGAUAUGGGGAAGCUAGUUUAUUGCAGACACAUGGGAGAAAAUAGCCAGAGCCAUCUGUGAGUCCAGAGUGAAUGUGACCCUGAGGUGGGCCAUGUGAGAAGGUCAGGAGCCAAGAGGCCCAGAUGUAAAGGGUAAAAUAAACACGUAGCCAAAUGGAUGGAUUAUAUAGGGAAGAACAGCUGGGAGAAGGGCAGCCCAGCACCUAUGCUGGAGAGUUCAGGGUAGAGGCCCAGGGAAGGCCAGCCUGGAGAACCCUGUAACAGCUAGGACUGAGGGAUACUAAGUGCCUGGCCUGGUCCUCUUUGCUACAUUAAUAGGCAUCUCAGCUGAGAACAAAGGAGCACUCAAGACCUGGUGUUAAACCAGUCCUGGAGACUGGACCACAGGCUCAGCAGAUACAGGCACAAAUAGACCAGAUUCUAGGCAGGUGGCACACUUGCCUGCGCGUCACAGUUACCCUUCUAAGUCUCUUGGUCACUGACCUUGGGAAGGAGGCCUUGUUCUGCCAAAGGCGGCUGUGAAGAAAGUGUACCCUGCAGCUUGCUGCAAGGCGGAGUCACUCUGGCUAGGAUUUGGAAGAUGGUUCUCACUCUAAGCCUCAAUCUCCAGCCUGUCCUGCAGAAGGUGGUCCCCAUUGCUCCAGCCCAGCCAGGCCCAUACCACAGGCCACACCAGCAUGUGCUUAACUCAAAUGCUGGCUUCGAAACUGAGCACCUCCAACGUCACCAUCGUCCAAAGAGACAGAACCCCCUUGUUGGUUCUCUAGGGUUCUGUUAGUUUCCCCCGUUUUGAGGUAAUGCAGGUGUUUAUUGCAGUUCCAGGGUUGGCAGAUAAACCCCAGGAUGCCUUGUGACUGAAACCUCAGGCAAACACCAAACAAUUGUUUUUCCUUGUAUCUGUUCCUGACAUCGAAAUCAUUUACCCGAGAUUCAGAUUUGUUGGGUGUAGCCACCUGCAGCCACUGGGAAGAUGGGGUUUUGUAUGGGAAAGGCUGGGAAACUAAUUAAUGAGCCAAGACAAGGUUUUCUGAUUAAGGCCAAUGUUUAUUUAUGAGUCUGAGCUUAUAAAGUCCACCAUGCCAGGAUCUCCUUGCUUUGUCAGGUUAGUAC